UGUCAGCAAGACCUGUGAAGUCACGGUCACACAGGACUCAUAAAUAUCUCUGCCUGGCUUGGUUUUCUGUAUGAUAAAGAUAUUCGUUUCUUUAGACAAUGUUUAUGCUGCCCUCCAGAAAACCUGACUUAAGUGGCCUAAAAAGCACAUUGAAAUGAAAAUAUAAAAUAUUAACAGUUUAGCAUAAAAACCCAGGCAGAAUAUAAAAACACAGAUCCAUGAAUGAUAACAAAUAACAGUUUCUCAACUGAAGGCGCGGUAUCAACAUAGUCUUCAGUUCUUUACCUAAAGAUAUCUUCUGAAAUCUCCUUUUGAAUUGGCCUAUGAAGCGCUUCCAACUGAUCAUAUUUAGCGUUCUCCUCCUGCACAGUUAGUGGAAAGACAUGAGAUAAAUCGGUGGGGUGGGGCCUUCCAAGGUUCCGAAUUCGGGGCCCCGUCCUCUUUUCUGGCUCCUCCAUAGCUCUGCUGGCUUCCAUGAGCUGCUGUUGAGAUCUUUUCCAGUUGUCUACAGCAUGAUGAGAGAGAUCCAGCAUCUCUGGGACUUGAAGUUGCUCCAUUCUGCGUCUGGCCCACUCUUUCUAACUUCACAACAACCACUUUGUAAAUAUGUACCUCAUUCCUGGCACCACAUAAUCUUCUCUGGCUUCUGAACACUGCAGGAAUCCUUAGCCUAGAGUCAGGCAACGCUUUUAUUAAGCAGAGCAGAACUUUUCUGCUUGCUAUGUGGAAGCUCUUCUUCGCUUGCGCCACCCAACUUCUUUAAGAACACCCUUGAUUCUGGGAUGUGCCGUCAGCUUUUGUAACUCACCUCUUUAGUCACCUCUUUAAUUGUAGGUGUCCAGAUCUAGAGGUCUGACCGCUCAGUCUUCUCUUUGCUGGCACUCAUAGAUCUGGCACUUGUCUUUAUAAAGAAGAAUACGGCACAGGAGGAAGGCGAUCCACUGGUCCAGAUAGAGGCUGUUUGGAGAGGAAGGGAGGAUGAGGGGAGAGCCGGAAUCCGUUGGUCCGGAAGCAAGAAGAGGCCCUGAUGCUGGGAGCAAAAGGGAAGUGUGGCAAAGUACCAUGCAGAAGAGCCUGGGAGAGGAUUUUCGCCCUUCAGAUGUGCAGUGCCAGAAAUUCAGGCACUUCCACUACACAGAAAUGGAAGGGCCCCGAGAGGCUUGCAGCCGACUGCACCAUCUUUGCCAGCAGUGGCUGAAGCCAGAAAGGCGCAGCAAGAAGGAGAUCCUGGACCUGGUGGUCUUGGAGCAAUUCCUGGCCAUCCUGCCCCCGGAGAUAGAGAGCUGGGUCAGGGAAUGUGGGCCAGAGACCAGUUCCCAGGCGGUGGCCCUGGCAGAAGGCUUCCUCCUGAGCCAGGCAGAUGCCAAGAUUCAGGAGCAGCAGGUGCAGAAAAACAUUGUGCAGGAGCAUUACCACGGAGGAGCUUUUCUGGGCGAUUCCUUGAAACCAAUGAAGUAUCCUUUCCCACCUCUUUGCGACGGAGAGAAAGCAGCUCCUCUAUGGUCAGGUGGGACUCUGGUGACCUUUGAGGAGGUAUCUGUCAAUUUCACUGAGGAGGAGUGGGCUAUGCUGGAUCCAGGGCAAAGAAGCCUUCACAAGGAAGUCAUGGAGGACAAUUAUCAAGCUGUGGCCUCUCUGGGAGGACUUCUGGUUGCCAGACCUGACUGUCUUUCCAUGCUGCAAGGAAAAGGAAACCUGGUUUUGCAGGACCCAGAAGAAAGAGAAGGAUCAGCUGAGGAUGAUGGUCCACAUAAAAAGCCUAAGAAAGAACCACAUCAGCUCCGAUUGGAAAGGGAACAGCAAAGAAGAAGGAGUAGAAUAAAAUGGAAGAGGAGGAAUGAAUCAUCUGCUUCUCAGGGUGCUGAAUCCCAGGACAUCCUGCCAUACCAUGGAAGAACCACUUGCCCCAUUUGUAGAAAAGAAUUCCUUUACCAAUCAGAGUUUGAUAUACAUUGGAGAAAACACACAGGGGAUAAACCACAUCAAUGUGUGGACUGUGAAAAGACCUUUGCUCAGAGUAUGCAGCUUACUGUCCAUCGACGUAUCCAUUCAAAGAAGAAACCUUUUAAAUGUGUGGACUGUGGAAAGAGCUUUGCUUGGAGUACGAAUCUUGCUGUCUAUCAACAUAUCCACACAGGACCUAAACCAUAUAAGUGUGUGGACUGUGCAAAGAGCUUUGCUGAGAGUACGUAUCUUACUAACCAUCGACAUUUCAAUUCAGGGGAGAAACCUUUUAAUUGUGUAGACUGUGGAAAGACCUUUGCUGAGAGUGCGCAGCUUAUUGAGCAUCGACGUAUCCAUACCGGGGAGAAACCAUAUAAGUGUGAGGACUGUGGAAAGAGCUUUGUUGAGAGUACAGCACUUACUGUCCAUCGACAUAUCCAUUCUGGGGAGAAACCUUUUAAAUGUAUGGAUUGUGGAAAGAGUUAUGCUUGGAAUUCAAGCCUUAUUGUCCAUCAACGUAUCCAUACAGGGGAUAAACCAUUUAAGUGUGAGGACUGUGGAAAGAGCUUUGUUCAGAGUACAGCACUUACUGUCCAUCGACGUAUCCAUUCAGGGGAGAAACCUUUUAAAUGUGUGGACUGUGGAAAGACCUUUGCUCAGAGUACGCACCUUACUGUCCAUCGACGUAUCCAUUCUGGGGAGAAACCUUUUAAAUGUAUGGAUUGUGGAAAGAGCUAUGCUUGUAGUACGCAACUUACUGUCCAUCGACGUAUCCAUACUGGGGAGAAACCAUAUAAGUGUGAGGACUGUGGAAAGAGCUUUGUUGAGAGUACAUCACUUACUGUCCAUCGACGUAUCCAUUCAGGAGAGAAACCUUUUAAAUGUGUGGACUGUGGAAAGAGCUUUGCUCGGAAUACGCAUCUUACUGUCCAUCGACGUAUCCAUUCGGGGGAGAAACCUUUUAAAUGUGUGGACUGUGGAAAGAGCUUUGCUUGGAAUACACAGCUUACUGUCCAUCGACGUAUCCAUUCAGGGGAGAAACCAUUUAAAUGUGUGGACUGUGGAAAGUGCUUUACUUGGUGUGCGCAGCUUACUGUCCAUCGACAUAUCCAUACAGGGUAGAAACUAUGUAAGUGUGCGGGCUGUGGAGAGAGCUUUGCUUAGAGUAAAGCAUUUUACAUCCAUCAAUAUAUCCAUUCAGGGAAAAAGCCAUAUAAUUGUGAGGACUGUGGAAAGCGCUUUGUUUGGAGUACAGAUUUUAAUGUCCAUCAAUGUAUUCAUUCAGGGGAGAAACCAUAUAAAUGUGUGGACUGUGGAAAAAGCUUUGCUUGGUGUACACAGCUUACUGUCCAUUGAUGUAUCCAUUCAGGGGAGAAACCAUAUAAAUCUGUGGACUGUUGAAAGAGCUUUGCUUAUAGUGCACAUCCUACUAUCCAUCGACAUAUACAUUCAGGGGAGAAACCAUUUAAGUGUAUGGUGUGGAAAGAGCUUUGCUCAUAGCGCUUUGUUUGGAGUACAGAUUUUAAUGUCCAUCAAUGUAUUCAUUCAGGGGAGAAACCAUAUACAAGUUUGGACUGUGGAAAGAGCUUUGCUCAGAGUUGCAUACCUUGCUGUCCAUCAAUCUAUCCAUAUAGGGGAGAUAUCAUAUAAGUGUGAGGGUUGUGGAAAGCUUUACUCAGAGUAUGCAGCUUACUGCCCAUCAGCAAAUCCAUAAAGGGGAGAAACGAUAUUAAUGUGCAGAGUGUGCAAAGAGCUUUACUCAGACUUUGGUUCUUAUUGUCCAUCGAUGAACCCACACUGGAGAAAAUCUAUAUAAAUAUCAAGACUGUGGAAGAAACUGAUAUCUAAAGAGUUAUGCUGUUUCUUAUAAAAACAUUCACACAAGAGAGAAAAAAUCUUUUGAUGUUGUGUGCAGUGCAACCUUCUUUUAAGUUGGGUGUG